GAAAAACACCUGUAGUAUUUUAAUCUUAUAAAUAUGAGUAAACUUGUAAAAAGUGUUACUUCAACAUCUCUGACAAGAUGAAGAUCGCUUUACUUUUGCUAUCAAUAGGAGGGGCAUUGGUAACAGGAGUCCCCUCUACAAAGAAGGGUGUCUGUAUGUCUCCUGCAGGCUAUACAUGCACUGACCCUGAGCAGUUUAAUAACCUAGCAUGGUACUAUGACUGGUCUAUGAAACCCGUACAUGAAAAAAUAUAUUGUACCAACACCUUACCAGGAUCUGAAAGGGUACCUAUGAAGAAAUCAAUGCAAUGGGCUUAUAUGACAAUACCUUCAGGAUCUAAAUAUCUGCUGGGCUUCAAUGAAGUUAACCAUAAAACACAAGCUAAUAUGAAACCCCAGGAAGCUGCUUAUUAUUGGGCUAGGUUAGAGAAAGCAGCAAAAAAAGCAAAUGUUAUUGGGCUCGUGAGUCCCAGUGCAGCUUAUUGUGGGGGUGGACCCACUAAAUGUAUCACUACAACAGCAAUUGAAUGGUAUGAUGCUUUUUUCCAAAUCUGUUCCAAUUGUCGGAUUGAUCAUAUUGCAACUCAUCAUUUUUCUUGCGACCCAGAUGAAACCAUGGCAUAUUUGGCUGAGCUGUAUGAAAAGUAUACAAAACCAAUUUGGUUGACUGAGUUUGCCUGUCCUAGUAGCGAUUACACAACUGUGGCUGCUUAUAUGAAUGGAGUUUUGCCACUUUUGGAGGAGGCACCAUAUGUGUUCAGAUAUGCAUGGUACAGUACACGCAACACAAACCCCAAUUUAUAUAUUCCUCCCAUCAAUUCACUUCUGGAAGAAGGUGGAACAGGACUGACUACGCUGGGUCAAAUUUAUGAUAGCUACCAGCCAUAGUGGGAGCCAUAGUAGCCAACAAAAUGCAGCAACAAACUUCCCGAUUCUUUCAAAUAGCCUGUAUGAUGUUAGAUUUAAAUAAAGCAAAUAAGAAAUGAUAUAA